UAAAUAUUUCUAAACAGUAAGAGUGAAUUGCCAUUAGAAAAUACAUAAUUAUAGUAGAAAAAAACUAACGUCAAAUAAGAUAAAAAAAUGGCUGACGCUUGUCAGGUAGUCAGAAAACAAGAUUUGCCCCCUCCGGGGGGCUAUAAACCUAUUCCAUACAAAAGACUACCAGCUAAACAAUACUUCAGUGGAUAUGCUAUGAUUGCUGGAUAUCUUGGCAUCACUGCCGCAGGAUUAUACAUAUAUAGCUUGAACUACAAAAAGAUCAAAAGGGAUGAAAUUGAAAUGCGUUCAGCCAAAAUGGCCAUUUACCCAAUGUUGUUGGCCGAGAGAGACAGGGAAUAUUUGAAACAGCUUCGCAGAAAUCGCGAUGCUGAGGCUGAACUUAUGAAAGAUGUGCCCGGUUGGGAGGUUGGCACCUACUAUGGUGAACGUGUGUACCAGAAUGUGCCAGCAGAUGCUCUGGUUGAGCCUAUCUUCCAUGAGUACUAUGCUCAUGCUGAUCCUCGUGAGUGGAUCCGGCGAACUUACCUGAAGCUGCGCUCAUAAAUCUUCAUGGUAGCAUACAAGAUUAAAAAGCAGUUACAGGUACACCAUGAAUAGGCUACCAGAAAUCUUUUUUAUUGUCAUCAUGAAAAGAUUUGGCGAGAUUGUUUAGCAUUGUGAUUUAUAAAAUUAGUUAUUAAUAAAGAGAGCUCUGCUUAAUCAGUCUUUUUUAUGUAUU